GGAGGCUCGGGAGGUGGUUACGGAGUGAAUCUUCUGGAAGGCGACUUUAAAGGCGCCGGGCCGGAGCGAAGGGCGUUUUGGUGCUGCCGUCGCCGGAGUCUGGGAGUGUGUGUGGGGGGAGGGGGGCGGCGCAUUGGUGGCAGGAAGCGAGCUGCGCUGAGGUUGUCGCGGAACCAGCUGGUGGUGACCCUGCAGGAUGAACCACAAGAGCAAGAAGCGGAUCCGCGAGGCCAAGCGGAGUGCGCGGCCGGAGCUGAAGGACUCGUUGGACUGGACCCGGCACAACUACUACGAGAGCUUCCCACUGAACCCGGCGGCCGUGGCGGACAAUGUGGAAAGGGCAGACGCUUUACAACUGUCGGUGGAAGAAUUUGUGGAGCGAUACGAAAGACCAUACAAGCCCGUGGUUCUGCUGAAUGCCCAAGAGGGCUGGUCUGCGCAGGAAAAGUGGACUCUGGAGCGCCUCAAAAGGAAAUACCGGAACCAGAAGUUCAAGUGUGGCGAGGACAACGACGGGUACUCGGUGAAGAUGAAGAUGAAAUACUACAUCGAGUACAUGGAGAGCACCCGCGAUGACAGCCCCCUUUACAUCUUUGACAGCAGCUACGGGGAACACCCCAAAAGAAGGAAACUUUUGGAAGACUACAAGGUGCCCAAGUUUUUCACCGAUGACCUUUUCCAGUACGCAGGGGAGAAGCGCAGGCCCCCUUACAGGUGGUUUGUGAUGGGGCCACCACGGUCCGGAACAGGAAUCCACAUCGACCCUCUGGGAACCAGUGCCUGGAAUGCCUUAGUUCAAGGCCACAAGCGCUGGUGCCUGUUCCCUACCAGCACACCUAGGGAGCUCAUCAAGGUGACUCGAGAAGAAGGAGGGAACCAGCAAGACGAAGCUAUCACCUGGUUUAACAUCAUCUAUCCCAGGACGCAGCUUCCAACCUGGCCACCCGAAUUCAAACCCCUGGAAAUCUUACAGAAACCAGGAGAGACUGUUUUUGUACCAGGAGGCUGGUGGCACGUUGUCCUCAAUCUUGACACCACCAUUGCCAUCACCCAGAACUUUGCCAGCAGUACCAACUUCCCUGUUGUCUGGCACAAGACGAUACAGCACGGGCAGCGGCAGUGCAAGCCACCCCCAGCCACCCCGUGCCACUGUGUCCCAACCCUGACCUGGAGGGACCAGCUCUCGGGGAUCUUGAAACAGGAGCACCCAGAGUUGGCGGUCCUGGCUGACUCCGUUGACCUGCAGGAAUCCACAGGGAUCGCCUCCGACAGCUCCAGUGACUCCUCCAGCUCCUCCAGCUCCAGCUCAUCCGACUCAGACUCAGAGUGCGAGUCUGGCUCUGAAGGCGAAGGCACGAUGCACCGCAGGAAGAAGAGGCGGACGUGCAGCAUGGUGGGGAACGGGGACACCACCUCGCAGGAUGACUGCGUGAGCAAAGAGCGCAGCUCCUCCAGGAUUAGGGACACUUGUGGAGGCCGCGCUCACCCCUGAGCUGAAGCUCUCCCUGAGGGGGCUCCGUGGGAGCUGUUGGCAGCCACUCACCUGUCUUCCUGUCUUCUGCUCCUACCUUCUCCUUUGUCUUCUUUGAAUUUGGAUAAUCCUCUCUGGCCCAAGCUCAUGUCUCCGGUCAAAUGCUGUUUUUUCUCUGCUGACUGAGACUAGAUUGUCAAGAAGUUAAAAAAUUUCAGCACGCUCGGCGAAGCACCGAAGGCCGCUGUGACGUCAGGUGAGAAGGUUCUGUGCUUCUUUAAAACCGUGCUGGUCGACCAACUGCAAGCCUGGAGGGCUCUGGUCCUUUGAAUGUCUUGCCGCCUUGCUGGUGUUGGUGAGGGACUCCCACCAUCCACACGUAGCCGGCUGCACGCAAGCAGAGAUGCCAAGAGUGGUGAGUGGACUCUGAGUCCCGUGUGAACCAGUUAUGGAAACGAAGGACCCCGAGAGCACCGCCUUCCUGUGUGCCAUUAUCUGUCCAGAAAUGCAGUUGGCAGCAGAAACCCGGCCGGGGGCCAGCGCCACUCACUCACCCACUGCCUAGUGCGGUCUUAGCGUUCAUUACCUUUUCUCUGUGGUCAGAGAGGCUCUGAGAUUCCAAGGAUAUUUUCAUGUGGUGUGUUUUGUGGGGGAAGGAUGACACAUCGGGCUUGUUGGGUUUAUGAUCAGAGUGGGAAAGGUGUUCAAUGUGUUGUCAUCACAAAACAAGUUAUAAACGACCAGGGUCUUACAAAUUUGUUCCCGUCUUUCCCACCACGUGUGUGAACCCUGAGUCAGAAGUUUUUCGCUCUCUAAGAGCCUUCAUAAUUAACAGCCUCAUAUCUUGGACGUGGAGACAUUAGGUGGGCAGUCCUGUUAGCAGCCAGGAAUAAAUGCAGAGGUGGUGCCUCUGGUCUUUGGGAUCUGUUUAGGUUUCUAAAUAACUCUGGUUUAAAUAGUUAGAGGUUGACCAGCAGAUUCCAUCUCUUGCCCUCUUGAUUCACCUGCUUGCCUUCAUCUGUCUCCAAAUUCAACUAAAGUGUUAUAAAAAUAAGAGGAGGCUGUCAGGACACAUCCAGUGACAAUUUCCAGGUUGGACUGCGGGAGGGAAGGGCACCAGCAGGUGCAGGCAGAGGAGCCUCACCAGCGCCAGCAGGCACAGAGGAGUGGGCCAUCAACUGGAGUCCUACCCAUUGGCUCUCAGAAUCCUCCCUUAAAGUGGGUGUGAUCAGGGAUCCUGUUUACUUGUCUACAGACCAGUCGUCCCUUCCAAACUCCCUGGGUUGGUCGUGUGGCUUUACUCUAGAAGGCUGGUCCCCUGUUUUGUCUUUGCCCAAAUUUCUGUAUUCUGAAAGGCCAACCAAAACUCAUGUGUGGAUUGGAUGGAACUUCUGCUCUUUUCCUAGUAUCAGUCUACCUACUACCAGUCUACCCGCCCCCCGCCCCCCAACACACACACACACCCUCUGGCCCCCGGGCGUGUCUGUGCCUGUGAGUGCUCGGUCACUGAGUGGUAUCUGACGCUGUGACGCUAUGGACUGGAGCCCUCCAGGCUCCUCUCUCCGUGGGAUUUCCCAGG